AUGCCAUGCAAGUUCGUAAUCCCUUUUACGAAUGAGCAGCUUAAUUAUUUCAAAUUUGCCUCCAUUGUACUGAAUGAGUUCGCCAUUGCUCUGCGUCAGACAUUCAAAUCCGUGUGGGACAACAGAUUUGGAUAUCGUCCCGGGUAUCAACUGUGGGAUAACUCCACCCUAGUAAGAAAUUUGCUUCUCGCUGAAGAAGGUGGAAAAACCAAAGUUCCUUCACAAAUCACCUAUGAAGAAUGGGAUUGUACCGCCCUGUUCCAGGCCACCAUCUAUGCAAGGUCCUUCGCUACGUUAGACAGCAAAGGUCAUUACAAGACACUUGGUGAACUGUACGUAAAGCACCAUAGAGUAUCUCCUGGGAAGUUCCAUCCAUCUGUUGUGAGUCCAAGUGGAAAUACAGCCGAAACCUUCGCUCUCGCGAUUGAUCAGCUUCGACUUCGACGAAACUCGCUUUGUCACUCAGACAGGUCAGAGAUUGAUAAACCAACCUUUGACCAAUACGUGCAGCUCGCUAAAGAAGCCUUCAGAGCUCUUUGUAUCAAGACAGAUCCCAUUGAUGCCAUCGGUGGAUUAACAGAGUCUGACUUUCCCAUAAAAGAAGUUCGCAAAUUGGAGGAAAGUCUUAGACGGGAGACCAGAUCAUAUAUCGAGUGCCUCGAAGAAGUGAGAUCAGGUGUCGACAAAUAA